AUGGAGAGUAAUAAGUCGAGGGAUUUGGGGAUCGUGGCGGCGUGUCUGGGGAUGUCGUGCGCGUUCGGGGCGGCGAUCGGGGCGACGAGCGGGUCGGACGCGGCGUCCGAGUACUUCGCGGGGUACCUCCUCGAACAGAGCCUGAGCGUGGAUAAUCUGUUUGUGUUCGUCUUGUUAUUCGAGUACUUUCAGGUGCCGCCGGCGAGGCAAAAGGUUGUGCUGAAUUAUGGGAUCUUCGGCGCGCUCAUCAUGCGAGCCGUCAUGAUCGUCGCGGGGGUGGAGCUCAUUGAAAACUUCAAACCGAUUCUCCUCGUUUUCGCGGGUAUUUUGAUCUUCAGCUCGUACAAACUGAUUAGUCAAGGUGACAGCGAUGAGGAGGAGGACAUGGCGGACAACGCGGUCGUGAAGUUUUGCUCCAAACUGUUUGACGUGAGCGACGACUACGACGGCGACAACUUCUUCACCGUGCAAAACGGGGUGAAAAUGGCGACGCCUCUCCUUCUCGUCCUCGCCGUGGUCGAGAUCAGCGACGUUGUGUUCGCGGUGGACUCCAUUCCCGCCGUGUUUGGGGUCACGAAGGAUCCGUUCAUCGUGUACACGUCCAAUCUGUUUGCCAUCUUAUCGCUCCGCCAACUCUACACCUUGAUCUCCACCGCGGUGGGUGAGCUCAAGUAUUUACAGACCGCGGUGGCGCUCGUGCUCGGAUUCAUCGGAUCUAAGAUGGUCGUCGAGUACACUGGCGUGGAGAUACCCACGGAGCUCUCCUUGGCCGUGGUCGUCACCCUGCUCAGCGGCGGCGUGGCCGCGAGCUUGUAUUUGCCAGACGACUCGAAAGACGAAGCGUAA